GCGGCUGCUGCUCGUACAUAACACACACCGAGCGCUCAGCACACGGCAAAAAUCCUCUCAUUCAAGACUGGCGAACAGUACUUUUUACAAGUUGGAUCCACGAACGAUCAGGUUCACCCCUUGUGCGUUUUUUGAGCAUGGCCGAUUACUUAAUCAGUGGUGGGACAGGAUAUGUUCCUGAAGAUGGACUAUCCGCACAGCAGCUUUUCUCUAUCGGAGAUGGUCUCACCUACAACAGAUCUGACCAACAGUGUGUUGUCUCCGAUGGUCAUACGGCUGAAGAGCUAUGCUCUAAAGGAGAUGGGUUGACUUACAAUGAUUUCCUGAUUUUACCUGGCUUUAUUGACUUUACCUCAGAUGAAGUGGAUCUUACCUCUGCACUGACCAAGAAGAUCACAUUAAAAACCCCUCUUAUCUCUUCACCCAUGGACACAGUUACCGAGUCAGCAAUGGCUAUUGCUAUGGCAUUAAUGGGUGGUAUUGGCAUCAUUCAUCACAACUGUACUCCAGAAUUUCAAGCUAAUGAAGUCCGAAAAGUAAAGCGGUUUGAGCAGGGAUUCAUCACAGAUCCAGUUGUGAUGAGCCCAAAACACACUGUUGGGGAUGUGUUUGAGGCCAAAGUUCGACAUGGUUUCUCUGGCAUUCCAGUCACGGAGACUGGUAAGAUGGGCAGCAAACUGAUGGGUAUUGUCACCUCAAGAGACAUCGAUUUCCUCACUGAGAAGGAGCACAGCAGGCCUUUGGAAGAGGCCAUGACUAAGAGGGAUGAAUUGGUGGUUGCUCCAGCCGGUGUCACCCUCAAAGAGGCCAAUGAUAUAUUGCAACGCAGCAAAAAAGGCAAGCUUCCCAUUGUAAAUGACAAUGAUGAACUGGUGGCCAUCAUUGCGAGAACUGAUCUGAAAAAGAACAGGGACUACCCCCUUGCCUCCAAAGAUUCUCGCAAACAGCUGCUGUGUGGCGCUGCCAUCGGCACAAGAGAGGAUGACAAAUACAGACUGGAUCUGCUGGUGCAAGCUGGAGUUGAUGUUGUUGUUCUGGAUUCUUCCCAAGGCAACUCUGUCUAUCAAAUCAACAUAAUAAAUUAUAUUAAGCAGAAGUAUCCAGAACUACAAGUUGUUGGGGGAAAUGUGGUGACAGCAGCUCAGGCCAAGAAUCUGAUUGAUGCUGGUGUGGACGCAUUGAGAGUCGGCAUGGGCUGCGGCUCCAUCUGCAUUACACAAGAAGUCAUGGCGUGCGGGAGGCCCCAGGGAACAUCUGUGUACAAGGUGGCAGAGUACGCUCGGCGCUUUGGUGUGCCGGUUAUUGCUGAUGGUGGCAUUCAGACUGUAGGACAUGUGAUAAAGGCACUGUCUCUGGGAGCGUCAACUGUUAUGAUGGGUUCGUUGCUGGCAGCAACCACUGAGGCCCCAGGGGAGUACUUCUUUUCCGAUGGUGUGCGACUAAAAAAAUACCGUGGUAUGGGCUCUUUGGAUGCAAUGGAGAAGAAUGCAAGCAGCCAAAAACGCUAUUUUAGUGAGGGUGACAAAGUAAAAGUGGCCCAAGGUGUGUCUGGCUCAGUUCAGGACAAAGGAUCCAUCCACAAGUUUGUCCCUUACCUAAUUGCUGGUAUCCAGCAUGGCUGCCAGGACAUUGGGGCUAAAAGUCUCUCAGUUCUUCGGUCAAUGAUGUACUCUGGAGAACUUAAGUUUGAAAAGCGAACCAUGUCUGCACAAAUGGAGGGUGGAGUUCAUGGUUUACAUUCUUUUGAGAAGCGACUGUAUUGAAGGAGUACAGUUCUUAAUGUGCUACUUGCCCAGUUCAAACGUGACCAAAAGUUCUGUACUCACCACCUACUACUCAAGCCUUGGCCUCCCAAACUUCUUAUCCAAUAGUACGCGCUCUGAUCUUGCUGCUUUAAGAGGAAGGGGACAUCAUCUGGACGUGAGAACCUUAAUCUCUUGAACAUCAUUCUGUUGUUUUUCACUUGCAGCGGUGAAUCAGGGUCUUCACAAUAACUAACAUGUGUCUUGAGUAUGCAGCUAAUCCCAAUUGUCCCGAUUACAUAGGCUUUGAUUGACAGGAGCAAAUGUGAAUGUAUAGUGGUAAAGUCUAAGGUGUCCUCUCUUGUGUUUGCCUUCUGUAGUCCACAACAGUGAGCCUUUCAUAGACUCCUUGUUAACAAUCAGCAUCUCUGUAGAAGCCUUUAUACAAAGCUACUCCUAAAAUGUGUUUGUUUAUGGUGGCCAUUGUUUUUUUGUUCUUAUUUUGCAAAAUAAGUUAUUUCUGAUUUAAGCCACUUGUUAUAAGUCUGUUUAUCUUUUAUUCCUAUUCUUAUUGUUUACUUCUUUUCAUGUAUCCAGAGGUACAAGAUACUGGCUUCGACAGUAUUAUUCAGUUAGUUGGUUCAACACACCCACAGUGUUUAGCCAUUCUUGACAUAUUUUCCUCUUUGUAAUGUUUUGAGCCAAAUGUACAUCCCAUAUUAAACAUUUUUUGUGUUCACCAGAAAGGGAGCUAAUGCUCAAAAUCAAUAAUAUUUAAAAUGACCAUGGAUGAUGCAUAAGUUUUGAGACCUUUUUUUUUUUUUUUUUUACCCAUUAUUUGAAUGCUUUUAGAAAGUAAAUUUCUGUUGAACUUGUAUAUUCCUGGGGCCUUUGAGCAUGAAGAGUUUUUGAUAUGCAUGUUUUUUUCACAAAGCCAAGCAUUGGCUGUAUUUAUAUUCAGCUGUAUUGUUAUUGCAUACAUACUGCCAAGUGUAUAUACACUUUCUUUCAGACUCUUUUAUAACUCAAAACCAAAAUUGCCACAAAGUUUCUUUUUAUCUUCAUAUUUGCAGGACUGACAUUGAGGACUUGUUUUAUAGUCUUUUCAAAAAGUAUGCCUUCAAACUAAAAUUGAAAGAUCACACACUACAGCUUAUUAAAAUGCAUUUAGUGUUUGAAGCCCUUUCACCUGAAUGUUUUUACUUAUUAACAGGUAUCUAGAGUAAUUGUUUUUACAGUUUCACUGUCUCGUCUUUAGGUCAGUCAAUUUUGAGGCAGAUUUAAAUAUUUCAGUUUAGUUGCAAUGCCUAUGUGCUUACGACUUGGCCUGUCAAUUUACACAAAUCUUGUUGGAAUUUGGUAAAACGUGUACAUGCAGAUGUGCUUUUCAUUUGACCUGUUGCAUUUUCAGUUGGCCACCCAAGGAGAGAAUUCAGGAAUGUAAUCUGUUACAUGUUCUUUGUGUAUCCACUGUGCACCAAUAGUCCAUCUAAAAAGCACAAAUAUAGUGAUCUGUAAGAUAUGUUUACAUUUUAUUGUAUUUCUAUGUUUUCAGCUUCAGUGUAUUGCAAUACACCUCAGGUGCUGGACACACUGGUGGCUUGGACAGUCAAUAACAAUAACUUUUUAGAUGGACAACCUUUUCAGGAUUACUAAAACACAAGAAACAUGCUUUUGCCGUUCAACAUGUAAAAAUGAAUAAAUAAAUUUAACUAUAA